GUCUCAUCGCCCAGGCUAGAUCUCCUAGGAGGAGUAAGACGCCUCCUGCACCGAUCUGUCCUACGACACUCCUGCUCUCCAGCUGGUGACUGUCAUCUGUUCAGGUGCAGCGAACGUCAGGACCGAGCUUGGAAUCUAAGCGAAGGGGAUAGUAAAGUGGCAACGCAUCACCAUGUUUAAGGGACAGAGCAAAUCUCCUACGAAGUCUCCUACAAAGUCUCCUGCGAAAUACAGCAAGGCGACUGCAAAUGAACUGUCCCUGCUGAUUUCGCGUAUGCAGAAAAAUGCUGACCAGGUUGAGAAGAAUAUAAUUGAAACCCAUCAGAAGCUGAAGCAGGAUGUAGGAAAUUAUGCCUUGAACAAAACCUUUCAGCACCAGAAGGAAAACGCGCAGAACCUGAAGGAGUCCGAGCUGCUGCUGAAGGACCUGUUUCUGGAUGUGGACAAAGCAAAGAAAUACGGACAUCCUCAGGCUAUCGAGAUAGAGCAAGACAUCCGCCAACUGCAUGAACGCCUCAGCCAAGAGUGUACAGAAUAUAGGGAUGUGUACGAGAAAAUGAACCUCACCCCUCCAGGACCCAAAGUCAACUGGCCUCAAAUCCUGGACAGCAAAAAGAAAGAAAUAAAGGACGGUGUGUAUGGACCCAGCUUGCGAGAUGUGGAGCAUCAAAUCGCUGCACAUAAUAUUUUACAGCGUGAGAUAGAUGAAUACGGUACAGAAAUCCGCAACCUACCCGAGGAGAAUGCAAGUAUUAAGAACCAGUAUCGAGAACUGCAGGAAGACUCCACAUGGAGGGGCCGGCAUCUGGGCAGCCUCUAUAAUCACUUGAAUGGCUGCACAAAAGAACUGGCCUACCUGAGCGACGAGCAGAACAAGAUCCUGAAGCAGGAUUGGAGUGACCAGAUACCAGACGUGGUUGGGACCCGCAGGCAAUAUGAGCGUUUUAAGUCAGAAGACCUGUUGCCCCAGGAGGAGAAAGUGAAUGAUCUUCUAGAUGACGGGGAUAGAUUGGUGGAACUAAAGCACCCAGCCUCCAACAGCAUCCAGGCUCACAAUGAUGCUCUAAAAGGAGAAUGGCAGAAUUUCUUAAACCUUUGCAUCUGUCAGGAAACUCAUCUAAAAAAUGCAGAAGAUUACAAAAAGUUUCAGGAAGGUGCAGAUUCUGUUUCCCAAACCUUCAAAAACUUCAACCAGAACCUCGACAGCAAAUACAGCCAGACGAAAUCCGUGAGUCCUGGGGCUCUCUCUGAGCUCCAGCUGCAGCUGGAGAAAGAUGAGAAGCAGCUCAUACAGGCCGAGAAGAACUUGGCGGAUCUCACACAGAGGAGUUCGGAUAUUGUGCCUAUCAAACAGCGGAGGAUGAAGGCCAGAGAACCCGUAACUGUAGAUACAAUCUGCGACUGGGACUCAGGAGACGUUCAGCUCAAUAAGGGAGAGACCUACACGCUAAAGGACAACAGCAAGAGAGAGAGUUGGGUCGUGCAAAACUCAAAAGGAGAGGCUAAGGGUGCCCCAGCCACCUGUUUUGUGAUCCCUCCUCCAGACUUGGAGUCUAUUGAACGGGUGAAGAGGUUGGAGGGAGAGCUGAGUGAUCUUAAGAAGAAAAAGGUAUCGGUGCAAAAUGCCCUGAAGUCCAGCAGCAGGGAAUCCACCAAACCCAUCCAGCUGGCUCCAGUCGGCACUCCUCCUGUACCACCAGCCAGAACCUCCAGCGUACCCAGUGAGGACCCCAAGGGUGCACAGAUUCUUAAUAAACUGGACAAGAUCUAUGCAGACCUGCAAGACACCGAAAAAGAGGUGCUAGCAAGGGUGCGCUCUCCUGUCAGCCGGUCCUCACCUAGCCAGGACCUGACCGGGAGACUGAAGGAGCAAGAGGGAACUGCUCGGCACCUGGAUGGCAUCGCGUCUGAGAAGGAUGCUGCUCAAAGGGAAUGUGAAAGCUUCCUGGCCAAGAUGCCAUCUGGACCCGUAGCCUCUCAACUGCCCAGCUCUCUUACCAAGACCAACAACAAAUACAAUGAAGUCAAGGCUCUGACAUCACUCUAUGGAGAAGAAGCUAAAGCAUCACUAAACUUGGAAAAUCAAAUCAAGAAAACAGAUGAUAUGAUCAGUGGAUUUGAGGGAUGGUUGGCAAAGGAUGGACUCGUUCCAUACACCCCCAAUGCCUUGCAGGAAAGAGUCAGUGAGAUCCAGAAAAUGAGGAAAGAACUUGUGGACAAACAGGACAAUCUCCUGAAACUUAACAGGAGUUUGAAGGAUACAGAGUUGGCGUGCAACGCCUUACAGAGCAAUACCCAGGAACACAGCCCUGACCUUCCACGCCAGCGGGUCCAAGUUCAACGGCAAAAUGACAGAUACCACGCCAUAGCUGACCAGCUGGAUCAGAGAGAGAAGAUGCUGAGAGAUGCUAAUUUGCCAUACCAGCAAUUUAAAUCCACCAGUGAAGGUCUGGACCUCUGGCUAAACAACCUUCCACGGAAUCAGGUGACCUCAUCAGAUGGACCCAGCCAGGUCAACUACAAGCUGCAAUCCCAGAAGAGACUGGUGGAUGAGAUCCAAAGGAAGGAGCCAGAAAAAAACAACAUGGUGAAGCUGUCACAUGACCUUGUGAAUACACUUGGGGAGUAUGAGGCAGUUGCUGAUCGUUACCGCUCUACUUUGGAAACCUCAAUUGGUGCUACUGAUCCUAAAAUGCCACGGGUCUCCACAUUACAAGAGGGCAUUGAAAAUAAGGAAAAAGAUCUGGUCAAGCGUUACACUGAGGCAGCGGUGGAGAGUAAGCAACAACUCAGCCAGAUGGACUUUGCAAAGAGGGUACUAGACAAGUCAGAUACUCAAGAUGGCGUCCAACUAGCAGUGCAGAAUAACUUGCGUUCAGAAAAUGUACGGAGAUCCAUUCAAGAGGCGGAAUCUCUCUCCAGGAAUCUGGAAGAUGAAAAAAGAAAGGUUGCUGAGGUACAGCAGGCACUGGAAGAGAACAGAAAGAGACUGCUCUUGCUGAAGACACAAAGACCCGUAGAACGGCUGGAGGAAAAAGAGGUGGUACAGUAUUACAGAGAGCCCCGCUUGGAAAGUGAGCUGGCAACAUUGAGAAGCCAAGUAGAGAAUGCACAUAAAGAAAGAGAGAAAACACAGUCAGAGAUAGAAGUGGUGAGCAAGAAGUUGGUUACCUUGGAGAGCCAACGAAAAACCAUCAAACCACAAUUACUUACCAAAGAAGUCACAGAGAUAGAGAGAGAUCCCAAUUUAGAAUCGCAAGCCCAAUCCCUAAGGAAAGAGAUUAAGGAGUUGAAGGAGGAGAACAACUCCAUUUCUGUAGAGCUAGAGUAUCUGAGAAAAGAAGUGUUGGCUCUGGAGCAGAAGCAGCCAAACAUUAAAGAAAAGGUUGUGCUGAAAGAAGUGGUGAAACUGGAGAGAGACCCAGACAUGGUAAAAGCCACCAGAGCAUUGCAAAUGCAGAUUGACGAUGACACCUUCAGGAGAAAAUCCCUUAAGGACAACAUUUUGAAGCUGAGAAGCAAGACAGAGGACCUGGAAAAAAUGAUUGCAACAGUGGAACCCAAGGUCAUUGUGAAGGAGGUAAAGAAAGUGGAGCAAGACCCAGAAAUAUUAAAGGAAGCUGCCAGGCUCAGAACACUAAUAGAAGAAGAGAGGAAUAAGACUUUGACGGUGACUCGUGAGUUGACAGAACUACAGUCAAAGUAUGUGGUAGUAGAGAAGCAGAAACCCAAGAUAGAAAUCAAAGAACGAGUUAAUGAAAUAUUUGUUGUGGAGCCGGAAACUGAGAAAGAGAUUUCUCGUUUGAAGAGUUCGCUGAAGGAGAUCAGUUCUCAAAGUUCUACUCAGGUAAAGCAGUUGGAUACAAUCCACAAUGAACUGAGUGUUUUACGAUCACAGAGACCUGUGGUAGAGUAUAAAGAAAUAGUCCAGGAGGUAGUGAAGUUGGAAAAGACACCGGAGGUAAUGAAGGAAAUUGAGAGGCUGAGAGGACAAGUCAAGGAUCUGGAGUCAACCAGCAGUAGGUACUUGGAACAGAAGUCAAAACUAUCUAAGGAAAGAGAUGAAUGGAAAAUGGAGAGGUCAAAAGUAGAGACAAAAACAGUCAACAAGGAGGUGGUCAAGUAUGAAAAUGACCCUGUGUUGUUGAAAGAAGCAGAGCGUUUACGCCAGGAAGUACGUGAAGAGUCUCAAAAGAGGAGGGCAGUGGAAGAUACAGUUUAUGAUUUGCAAAACAAAUAUAUGUUGUUGGAAAGGAGGAAGCCAGAGGAAAGGGUGGUGGUGCAAGAAGUCGUCAACCUGCAGAAAGAUCCCAAAAUAGCAGAGGAUCACUACAGACUCAGCAGAACCUUGGAUGAAGAAGUCAGUAAUAGACGUCGCCUUGAGCGUGAUGUCCAGCAGUUACGCAAUCUGGUGGAGGAAAAUGAAAAACUACUGAACUUCCAAGAGGAAAGAGAUAAAAAGCUGGCUGCAGAAAAGGAAUUGCGCCAGAUCACACUGAGGAUCAAGGAAAUUGAGGAAAGCCCUCCACCUGUACAGGAGAAGAUUGUGAUGGAGGAAGUGGUGAAAGUCGAAAAGGAUCCCAUGUUAGAGAAAUCAGCCAACACACUGCGCAUUGACCUUGAUAAAGAAAGGAGCAACAUUCUGAACAUCGAAAGAGAAUGUAAAAAUCUUCAGGUAAAGGUAGAUAUUUUACAGAGAGAAAAAUCAAUAGAAAAAACAAUCUACAAGGAGGUCAUCCGUGUAGAGAAAGACAAGGUGCUGCAGAAUGAGAGAGCCAGGCUGAGAGAACUUUAUAAUAAAGAGCGUAAUGCAAGGCAUAACAAGGAGGAUGAGACCAGAAGACUGAAGGAGAGACUUGAGAGGGUGGAUGCAACAAAGAGGACAUGGUCAAAGGAAGAAGCAGAGCUUCAAAAAGCCAGAGCAAAAGCCCAAAAAGAGAAGUCAGAAAUUGAAAGUAAGCUACUAGAACUUAAAAGACAGCAGCAGCAAAAAAGUGUGUUCCUAAGCAAGGAGUCAGAACUGCUCACACAGAAAGCAGAAAAUGAACGUCAGAAGAAAAUGCAGAUGGGCCACGAGCUGUCCCUGUUGGAAUCCAAAAUUCUAAAAGAAAAGGACAGCAUCUAUGAGAAGGAAAGAACCAUAAGAGAGCUACAGUCUCGUGUCAAUCGUGAAGAACGCAAUCAAGAAACACAGAUGAGAGAAACCAAUGUCUCCACGAAAAUAUCAAUCCUAGACCCAGAUACAGGCAAGGAAAUGUCACCCUAUGAAGCCUACAGGAGAGGCAUUAUAGACAGGGACCAAUAUAUCCAGCUGCAAGAGCUAGAGUGUGACUGGGAAGAGAUAUCCACCAUGGGGUCAAGUGGUGAAAUCUCUGUCCUUUUGGAUAAGAAGAGUGGUAAGCAGUAUUCAAUUGAAGACGCUUUGAGGACAAGAAAAAUUACCAAAGAAGAACUGCAGAUGUACAGGGAUGGCAGACUACCAAUUUCAGAGUUUGCCCUUCUGGUGGCUGGAGAAAAUAAGCCACAUUCAAUGUCCAUUGGUUCCAUAAUUGGUAAUAGGUCCCCAGUGGUUUCCCCAACCAGCCACACGCAGACCCGCACAUUCUUCACUCAAAGUGCCCCACCCAAGGUCUUCCACGAUGACAGCUUUCCAAUUUCUGGAGUCUAUGACACAACUGUAGACAGCAAAUGCACCAUCAGAAGUGCUUUGGCAAGAAAAAUGAUAGAUCCUGUAACAGGACAGAAACUGCUAGAGGCACAGGCUGCCACUGGUGGUAUUAUCGACAUAUUAAGCAAAGACCGCUUCUCAGUUCAUAAAGCGAUAGACCGUGGGAUGAUUGAUGGAAGCAACACAUCAAGCCUCCUCCAAGCUCAGAAAGCUUUCACAGGUAUUGAGGACCCAGUAACUAAGAAGCGUCUGUCUGUGGGAGAGGCUGUGCAGAAAGGUCUAAUGUCAAUGGAAACAGCCUUGCCAUAUUUAGUAGUCCAACACCUUACAGGAGGUCUUAUCGAUACCAAGAAGACGGGGAGAAUUCCGCUGUCCGAGGCUGUACAGCAAGGAAUGGUAAGCAAAGACAUCGCUGCUCAGAUCCAGGAUGAGACAAACUAUGAGAAAAAUCUAGUAGACCCAAUCACUAAAGAAAAAGUGAAUUACAAGGAGGCCAUGGCUCGGUGUCGGCGAGACCCAGGAAGCGGACUCCUGUUAUUCCAAGCAGCUUCAGAGGCCUACCAACCUACUCUCUAUCGUCCUGUGAAUACCAUCCCAUCCUUAACAUCCUACAAAUACUAAGGGCGGAGAUCACUUCUUUUAUUGUAUGAAUUUAAUAUAAUGUAAUGUUUACUGAGCUGUGUUCUAAUAUCCUACUUUAUCAUACUAUUAUGGAUUCUUUAUAAUGAAUCUACUGUAUCUUUGGUGUCCACUGUUCUGUCAAUAAACUAGUUUUCUUACUGUAUUUAACAGUCAAUUAACUGGAAA